AUGGAAACUCCGCAAUUGUCCUGGUUCGUAUCUCUGUUCUGGUAUACCACCAUUACAGAAGUAUAUUUUGGUGUUUUCCCUGGAUGGAAUUACAGAGAUAGCUUACAUUGUUUUUACGUUUCUUUUGUGGAAAAGAAGGAUUUUCGAUAUAGAAAAUGGCCAACAAGUUUACGUUUGGAAUAUUGCAAAAGAAAAGAUAUUCAAGUAUUACACAAAAAUUAUCAGAGGCAAUUAUGGUUAAUACAUGCUAGUUUAGUCACGGCAUUACUUUGGACAACUUUAUACUGGAUGCAUGCUGGUGUUUUUCAAGAAAUUUAUUCUGCGACGGGACUUCACAACGAGAAAACGUGGCGGCCAUUUAAUGUUUUGUUAUUAGUAUUGAUUCCGUUUGCUGCAAAAGGGGUUCGCGAUGAAUCUUCAUUUCUUUUAAUUAUUGCAUCUUUAGCGAGUUUAGGUCAAUGCUUGUUUACAGUUCAAGCUGUUUGGACUUGGUGUAUUCCGUUAUAUAUUGAUGUCAAAGAAGGUAUUUAG